UGCAUCUAUUCUGAUGGGGCCUGGGGUAGAAGUUAUUUAAGUCCACACUCUUGGAGCAAAAUCCAUGGUGGAAAGCAGAAAUGAUUAAUCUUUUGAGACGCUGCCAACACCUCCAAGACUUGAAGAUAUUCAAAUCGCUUCUCAUAGUUCAGGGCUUAAUUCAUACCGAACCACUAUCAGCAGAAUUCAUCAGGCAAUGUUUUCUUCUCUCCGCUUCUGAAUUAGCUCUUUCUGCUUUCCAAGAAUUAGAUAGACCCAGUUUAGCCUUGCAGAAUCUCAUGGUUAAACGACUCUGUGACGAUGCCCUGUUCGAUGAUGUAUUAUCACUAUACAAAAAAUCUCGACUUUCUUCUUGCCCGUCUGAUAAUUAUACGUUUCCAUUCGUAAUCAAGGCAUGUUCUGUUCUUGCGGAUUUUGAUUUCGGUACAGAGGUUCAUUCUGUUGUCAUGAGAAGUGGGUUUGGUGAUAAUGUAUUUGUGCAGACAUCUCUUCUUGAUUUCUAUGCUAGAUGUGGUCAAAUGAGUAAUGCACGCAAGGUGUUUGAUGAAAUUCCUCAACCAGAUUUGGUUUCCUGGAAUGCUUUGAUCUCUGGGUAUUCUCUUAAUGAGAAAUAUAUUGAAGUUUUUAAGACUUUCAGAGAGCUUGUUGUGAUAGGAUUGAAGCCUAAUGUCAGCACUUUUGCUAGUACUAUUCCAGUAUGCACAAGAUCAGGUUAUCUUCAAACAGGCAUGUCUCUUCAUUCCUUUGCUGUUAAAUCUGGAUAUUCUUUGAAUGAAAUUGUGAUCCCUUCUUUGAUUUCAAUGUAUGCUGAUUGUGGGAACUUGUCUUUUGCUCAAAACUUAUUUCAUUGCCUACCUGUGAAUAAUAUAUCUAUAUGGAAUUCAAUGAUUUCUGCAUAUACGAAGAAUCAUAAAUCCUAUGACGCUCUUUCGAUGUUUAGGAAACUCCUUCAAUCCGACCUCAAACCGAAUUCGAUUACUUUCAUAUGUGUCGUUCCAUCGCUCGAGAAUCUCCGUAGUGUUUUACUUUGUGGAUCGGUUCAUGCACACGCUAUAAAAUGCAGGUUGGGAGAUGAACUUCCAUUGAUGACUUCAUUAUUGUCAAUGUAUGCCAAACUUGGAGAUUUGAAUUCGGCUGAGUCUAUCUUUGGGAUGAUGUCAAGUAGAAAUCUGUUAUCGUGGAACUCAAUGAUUUCUGCCUAUGUGAAAAACGGGUACGCUGACAUGGCUUUAGCUUCGUUUUGCAAUGUACACUCUUCUGGGGUUCUCCCGGAUGCAGUGUCGUUUCUUUCAAUCUUUCUUUCAUGCUCUGAAUUGCGGGCGUUACUAUUAGGUAAGUCAGCUCAUGCUUAUUGUAUUAAGCACAAUUUUAAUCUUGAUAUUGAUGUGUCGAAUUCGAUCUUGUCGUUCUAUUCCGAUUGCCAUAGACUAUCUACGAGUUUCAAAAUUUUUGAAAGGAUGGAAAAACGAAAUACGGUUACAUGGAAUACUUUGAUAUCGGGUUCGAUGAAUAAUAACGAGGCAGAAAUGUCGAUAAAUGUAUUUCGUUGUAUGCAACGCGAAGGGGCUUGUUUGGACGUUGUUACAGUUAUAAGUGUCCUUCGUUUUCACGACGGGAGUGUAAUGGGGCGGUUUGGAAUGGAAGUUCAUGGAUGUGCUAUUAAAGCAGGGUUUGUACCCGAUGUCUCUGUUGAGAAUGCACUUAUUAGUAUGUAUGUGAAUUGCGAUCGCCUUGGAGAUGCGAAUUUUGUUUUCGAGAAUAUGGAAUUUAGGACGAUUGUUUCAUGGAACGCUAUUAUGACUGGUUUUCGCUAUCGGAAGUUGUUGGAUCGGGUUAUGGCUUUGUUUCGCAAAAUGGCGCAUGGAAAUAACCGUGAACCGAACUAUGUUACUUAUUUGAAUUUACUACCGGCUUGUCGAACUCGAUAUCAAGGAAAGUCUAUUCAUGGAUUUGCGAUUAGGAUUGGGAUUAUUUUAGAAGCUUCUCUUCUUACUUCUAUUGUAAUUAUGUAUGCUAGAUUUGAAUUAAUCGAUUAUUGUUUUUCGUUGUUCGAAUCGGCGAACAAGAUGAACAUUUCAUUAUGGAAUUCCAUCAUUUCCGCAUGUGUACAAACAAAGAACGCCGGAAAGGCGAUAUCCUACUUCAACCGAAUGCUAGUAACGAAAGUCGAGCCCGACAACAUCACGGUUCUCGGAUUGAUUUCGGCUCUUAUUCAUAUAAAUGACUUAAAUCUCACGGAUACAACAUUGUCUUACUUGACGAAAACGGGAUUCAUCGGAGACAUUGCUGUUUCAAAUGCACUAAUCGAUCUCUAUGCAAGAUGCGGAAGCGUUUUGAUGGCUAGGAUGCUAUUUGAAAGUUUGGUUGAAAAAGACGUAGUGUCUUGGAGUGUGAUGAUAAAUGGGCAUGGCUUAAACGGGGAAUGUGAAGCCGCGAUAUCUCUUCUAUCGCAAAUGGAACUUUCGGGUGUGAAACCAGAUGAGAUCACUUAUUUAUCUGCUUUAUCGGCUUGCAGUCAUGCCGGUUUGGUCGAAGAGUGCCUAGGAAUUCUUGACUCGAUGUCGCGAUAUGAGACGAUGCCCACGAUGAAACACUAUGCUUGUGUGGUGGACCUUCUCGGGAGGAAAGGUCACAUUAAGGAAGCUUACGAUAUGAUUAAGAAAUUACCCGAGAGAGCUUCGAUAAGCAUUCUCGAAUCUUUGUUGGGUGCUUGUUUUAGUCACGGGAAUUAUGUAAUCGGGGAAGAAAUCGGUCGUCUUUUGGUGGAAAUGGAACCCGAAAACUCGGGUUAUUAUGUAAUGCUACAUAAUGUAUAUGCAGCUGCCGAAAGAUGGUCGGAUGCUAUUAGGUUGAGGUCUAAUAUAGAAACGUUACGGCUUAGGAAAAUGCCUGCUUUUAGUUUAGGUUAAAUAUUAAAUUUUCUUUAGAAAAUACAAAUAUUAAGUUAUUUAACCUUGAUUAGGGCUGUU